AUGCCCCCGCCACCAAAUCCUGGCCUUGCGGUGCGCAAUCCGGGGCUGGCGCCACCACCAAGUGGGGGAAGUAGGGGCGGGCUUGCGCUGCCGCCGUCGACGUCUAAGCCGAUACGUGCGAGGGAGAAGGUCGCCCUGCAACCGGGGUACGGCCCUCUGGAUUGGGCGAACUUGAAGGCGUCGGGGAAGGAUUUGAGGGGCGUAGAGACGCUGCUGAGGGUGACGCCGUCGAUGUUGAAGGCGCAUAAUAAGAAGGACAAUGCGUGGACGGCGAUAUAUGGGAAGGUAUACAAUAUGACAGCGUAUCUGCCUUUCCACCCCGGUGGCGAGAAGGAGUUGAUGCGAGUGGCGGGGAGGGAUGGGACGAAGCUGUUCGCGGUCACUCAUGCUUGGGUCAACGCCGACUUCAUGCUCGACCAAUGUAUGGUCGGCUUCCUUGUACCCGAGCCCGCGUCCUAG